AGUAAUGUAAUGUUGUUGGUGGCUUUCAGUAUAGGCUACCUCGGACUGUGAACAGGCAGGUGGAAGUGUGCGUAAAGUUCAUGACAGAAGAGGUGAAAUAGCUUAGUGUCAUUUGAGCUGUUGUCUCAGUUUUUUUUUUUUAUUACGGACGGACUCGAGAAAGAACAUUCUUUGUGCAUUGUGUAACCUUUUCAUUUGAUGGUUUUAGUUAUAGUUAUACAUGCAAAAGAUAUACAUUUAUCACCAGAAAGAGAAACUCCAUCUGUUGUAAAACAUCCAGCUGUGGAUUGCCUACAUAAGUGAGAAGGAAAACCUGUUUGCAUAAGUGUAAGGACAGAUGGAUUGGAGCUGAGACCCGACAGAAAGACAUAUCCUGGGUCUUCCCUGGGUCCUCCAUCGCCUACCUGGACGUCUGCGUGUUGCUGAGAUAGAAGAGGGCAUGUGGGAGAACAGCACAGUGCCCAUCCCCUACAUCAAUCCGCCCCUGUCACUGUUGCUAUGCAACGACACCCUCUUUAAUGACACCUUCAUCAACUGCACCAAUUCCACCACCACGACCAGCCCAGAGAUGCCUGCGGGCCCUAGCGUCGCAGGGGUCCUGAUCCCCCUCAUCUACAUCGUGGUCUGCUUCAUCGGCCUGGGAGGAAACACCCUGGUCAUCCACAUUGUGCUGCACUACUCCAAGACCGAGUCAGUGACCAACAUCUACAUCCUGAACUUGGCCAUCGCUGACGAACUCUUCAUGCUGGGUCUGCCCUUCCUGGCCAUCCAGAACACCCUCCAGACCUGGCCUUUUGGCUCCUUCAUGUGCCGCUUGGUUAUGACCGUGGACUCCAUCAACCAGUUCACCUCCAUCUUCUGCCUGACCGUCAUGAGCAUCGACCGCUACCUUGCCGUUGUCCACCCCAUGCGCUCCUCCAGGUGGAGGCGACCCCAAGUGGCCAAGGUGGUCAACUGCACAGUGUGGGCCAUCUCCUUCCUGGUGGUCCUUCCGGUGGUUAUCUACGCCAACGUUCAGAAGACGGGCGGCACUUGCAACAUCUCCUGGCCUAAACCGGCCCACAUUUGGAGGGCGGCCUUCAUUAUCUACACGUCAACAGUGGGUUUCUUUUGCCCGCUCCUCAUCAUCUGCCUCUGCUACCUGCUCAUCGUCUUCAAGAUCCGCAGCUCGGGCAAGAAGGUCCAUGCCACCUCCACCAAGCGUAGGAAGUCAGAGCGCAAGGUGACGCGUAUGGUGGUGAUUGUAGUGGCUGUGUUCGUCUUCUGCUGGCUGCCCUUCUACGCGCUCAACAUCAUUAACCUGCUCGUUUCCCUGCCGUCGGAGUACCAGGGCCUUUACUACUUUGUUGUGGUAAUGGGUUAUGCCAACAGCUGUGCCAACCCCAUCGUCUACGGUUUCCUUUCGGAAAACUUCAAGCGGGGUUUCCGCAAGGCUCUUUGUCGCUCCUCACGCAAGGUGGAGAGCCACGAGCUGACAGAGCGCCAACAGCAGCAGGAGGAGAGGAGGAGGGUGCUGAUGCCUCGGGAAAGCCUGAGGAGGGUUGUGCAAGAUGAGGAGGAGGAAGAUGAUGAGGAAAGGGAAGAUGUCACAGAGAUGACAGAAAUCUGCAGGAUCACCCAGAAUGGGAACAGACAGCCUGAGAGUUGCCAGGCUCUGUUAACACCGAAGACACCUGCCCCAGGGGCAUCUGAGCAAAUUGACUCCCUAGAAAAAAAAGCAAAAGCUGGGGACCUUUGUGGAAAAGAUCCAGUGUUAGGGCCUCUAGCUUCCCUGCAUAACGGAGACAAAAAUGGGAGUGUCAAACCUCUGCCAGAGGAGCCAGUGGAGAACCCCUCACUGGAGAUAAGCUACCUGUAACGUAAAAGUCAGUUAACUGAGGGAACUUGCAGUAUUAUUUUGUUAGUUCAUGUCCCGUCUAUGGAAAGAGCCAAACUAAACUGUGCCUCUAUUUAAUUGCCCAUGGCUGUACGUAAAUAGAGAAGCACUUUAAGACUAUAACAUACUACAUUUCCUCAUGUAUCGCUACAUACUUGAACAAUGGACUGAGUCCGUUUGAACUCUUUGUUAUGCCAGUGGAUUUUGUGUAACAAUGACUUAUUCCUGUCGGUUAAAGAGUGUAUAUAACAUAUGGGUUGUUACACCAAUUCAGGGCCUUUUGAGAAGUUGAACUAGGUAAAGUAUCUACUUGAUUUGACCUAAUUUGAACAUUCUGUCAUAAAGACCACGUGGUUAACUUCAUGGGGAAAAAGUUCUUCCUGUCUCACCGGUUAACAAUGAAGAAACCCAGGGUAAGUGCCUGAUAAGUGAACAGGGUGGACGGUAACACAGUCGAUGACAAAGAAAGUCAAGGAGUAGGAUAGCAGCUAGCCUUUCUGUGGGUAAAAGGGUUGAUAUGCUUGACUCAGUUAUUCAACCCAAAACAACAGAACAUUUCUAAGAAGAGUAAUGCCAGUUACUCAGAUUUUAUAUCUUCUCUCAUGGUUUGGCAAAUAGAUGCAAAAUGUUUUUUGAAACAGGAUUGACCUAAAAAUGGGACAAAUGUGAAUGAAUCACUGAUCACAUGAAAUAAAUAUUAAUCUUCACGAAUAACUUCAACAAAAUGUCAUGGGGGUAAAGGGAUGGCUGUUUUUACACAGGGGCCCGAUUUAUGUUUUUACUAAUAUUUGUACAAAUUUGACCAAUUAGAUCAACUCGGAAAAUUUAAAUUAGAGGAAAACAUCUUAGAAUUGAGAUACAUGUUAUAAACAACCCAGGUGGUCUAUAUUAAAGGGCACCUUUAAUAUAGCAUGCAUUUAAUUCACCACUAGUGCACAAUUUCUGCUAACAAUAUUAAACAAAUGCAAAAUUUGUGUAACAACCCAUAUUAUAUUUUCUUCAAAAAAAAAUUUUUACAACUUCAACCUGUGUUUAGAAGUUGUACCUCAUGAUCACUGUAAGUACAUAAUGUUUGUGCCUUUCCUCACACUUAAAUUACAUAUCUAAUCAUAAUUUUAUUACAAUACAUUAUUACUGCAGAAUGUGACAAUCAUUUAUGUAUAUAUGAAUGUAGCGUCAUCACUUUAAUUCACCUACAGGGGUGAGAGAACAUUUGCAUUUACGGUAUUUCUGCAGACAUUUGAACAAAAAAUUUAACAGAUCAUCAUCUAAGUAAACAUGAUAAAACAAAUAAAAUAAAACAUUGUAUUUUUUUCCAUUAUCUACUGAGCAAAUUGAUGCAACACUAAUUAGUCUGAAAAGUAUGUGAACAUUCUAGAUUAAUCAUCUUAAUAGUGUAUUAGUCAAAGGUUUUGUAUUUGGUCCCAUAUUAUUUGUAUGCGAUGGCAACAACAAGCUCGUAAAGCUACUUGUUGGACGCAUAUGCAGUUUUUGCCAUGAUUUAGGUUCGGUUUUGCCCAUUAAUAACUAAACUAUUAACUAGUUUCAAAACUAUGGGCAUGUAUAUUACAAAUAUUUUAGUUGAUUAAAGCAAGAGUGCAUACUUAUUCAGACAAACAAUUCUUAUCUUGGAUCAAUUUGCUGAAUAGUAACAAAAGACUUGGUAACCUGGACAACAGUGUGUGGUCCUUGCAUUACGAUACUACAUUUUUGGACAUAUCUGAUACUGUAACUCAGCAUAUAUACUGUAGUAAGGCCUUCGGAAGGACACAAGGUCAAGGAGAGGUCAUUGAUUCCAACCACAGAUUUCCUCUACACCUAUCAUCUCUUUUAGAACUACUAUCGUCUUUUUAUGAAUGUAGUCUGACAGCAAUGACAGGGAAACCACUCAGUGGAGGCACUUAACAAAAGACAGAAAAGAGCAUAAAGUGUUCAAAUCAAAGUUUUUUAAGGAUGAAGGCUGUAGUAUGUAGAGGAUCUGAUGUUUCAAAGACACAUCUACGCUAUUAAUAUGAUUAAAUAUGUAGUAAAUAUUAGAUUUUAUUCUAGAAUAUUUAUGAGGAAGUGAACACUGAAUGGAAAAAUAGUGGAUGUUAUCUUUAGAGGUUUAGUUCCCAUCAGGGAAAAAAGCUACUGUAGAUCAUAAACACACACCACGUUAUGAUGAAGUGACUGCGGGGGCACAAAGAGUUAUCACAAGCCAUAUACAAAAGAGCAAUCACAAGCCAUAUACCCUCAUUUACCAUUACCAAGUGGAGAAGACAACGAAACAAACUGACCAACACAUAAAGUGCCUCAUUAUAUACACCCUACCUAACACAUUUCAGGUCCCUUUCGGGUCCCAUUCAUUGCAUUCACUGAUACAAACAGCACUAAUAAAAGCUGUUAACUAGCUUGUGCAAACCAAUCCGGUCAACAAUAAAUACAUUUUCUUGGCCUCCCCUCCAUUGCCCAAUCCCACACACACUCUCUUGCACAGCUGCGUUUCAGCAGUGUAAAAAACAUCAUUAAGGGUUGCAAAAAAGUAAAUCGUUUUGCAAAUGCCAUAUUUAUAGUUCCACUGUGGGACAUGUAGCUCCCCAAGCACCGUGGAGCAUCAAGUGUACAAAGCCUGACUUGUGACGACGCCGUGUACAGUGAAGUGUUGUAUAAUUGCCACUGUCCAGUAAAGCUGUUA